CGAGGACGGGAGCCAGGGUUGAGUACCGGCUAUGAGCAUGGAGCUUGUCCUGUCACCUGGUAAUCUCGGAGGCGAGGGCGCCGAGGGCAGCCCCUUCCGCAACGAGGACGUGCGCGAGUGGUCCCGGGUGGAUCGCGUCACGGGGAUGCUGGAGCGUGCGCGAGUCGAGACCGACCGCUGGCGCGCCAACACCAAUGACGCCAUACACUCCUACGGGAAGAUGAUCGACUCCAGGGAGCGGAAUUCAGCGGACGGAAGUCUGGUGCAGAAAGCUCGGCGCCAGGUGGAGAUAUUUCAAAGCCAGGGGAACGGCGGACGAUCCUUUCAAGUGGUCAGGGCAUCGCAAUGGUCCUCGUCACGGGCGACCGAUUGCGUAUUCAACGUCCCAAUCACCAAACUGAGCGUCGGCCGAGGCUGCGGCUCGGAGACGUCACCGGGACUCGCGGCCACGUCCAGGCUGGGUUUCUGGCGCCCGGGCCUCGAGCGCGACAGCUCGGACCUCGAGCGGCUCUCCUGCCUGUGCCGCGAGCUCCACGACGAGGCGAUACGCAGCAGCGGCGUCUGCUGGGCGACCGAGGCCCCGGUUACGGAUGAGCCGGGCGCCCUCACCGAGCGCCGCAGCAACUCGAGCGAGAACCUGACGGCCCAGCCCAACGGCCAGGAGCUCUUUGCCCGCGACUGCAGAACCCGCCGCUCCCUGCAAAUCGCCCAGCAGCCGGAGGAUGGCCGAGCCCGCAGGCCCAGGAACGAGCUCGUCGCUGAGCGCGCGCGCACCUUCGAGGAGGCGGUGGUCGGGCCGCGCUCCAGCUGCCCAGAGAGCCGCACCCGAGCCAGUCCCAGCCUCCCCGGGAGCAGGGCUUUCGCCUCCAUCGCCGACAACGACUUCGUCAAGAACGAUCCCAAUCAUCCGUCCAAGGUCAACCAGCUGAUCGCCAAGAUGUCCCUUCAGGGCGCAGGUCAGCAGCUGGGUCAGCGAGUGCGCGUGGCACCGGAACCGAGUGAGACGCGCAAGGCCAACAACAAGACGGUCGUGCACCUGAGGAACGCGGCCUCGCCCGUCCAGGACGGCGAGGACUUGCCGCCGCGUUGUAUCAACGUGACGGCUAUCAAGCUGGACAACGAUGGCGAGCAACGACUGCGGGCCGAGGGUACGACUCUCGGAUCCACCGAGGAUGCCACCGUGCCACCCGCGACGAAGCCGGUCAAGCGGGUGGAGUUCUGCAAGACCGAGAUACACUUCGCGGCCGACUCGGGCAAGGUGAACAUCGUCGAGACGGACGGGAAGCCACCGCCGACGAAUAAUUUCAGGAGGCGACGAAGGAACGCAGGCCUCGGGACCGCCUCGAGCAAUAACGCGCAGAAAAGUAACAUGCCUCUGGUGCAUUUUGGCGAUACUUCUUACGAGAAGUAUAUUUUCGGAGGUCGAGGGAAAUUAUUACAGGAUGAUAAAAAGUCCGCGAUUUCGAGCGAGAAUCCAAUAAUCGAGGACAGCGUGAAAAACUUUAAUCCGACGGAGACGGAAGUGAAAACGGAAAGGUGGCACUCCUCGGAUAAAGUAAGGGAGAAUGGUUUAGUUUCGGGUAGCGACAUAUGCACGGCCAAGGAUUCGUACACGGACAUGAAUAUGGAGAAGGUCGUCGAUCAUAAUAAUAAGUACAAGGGGACGCAUACAACGACUGUGAAUUUCCUUGGCGAUGAGAGCAAUGCUGUGCCAAAAGUUAACGAAGGGAUAAGCGGCCGUAGGAUUCAGCUGCAGUUUGCCGCUUCUAACAAGAAUGUGAGUCCGAUCGGCAGGGAUGACGACGACGAGCACGACGACAACGAUGACGAUGACGAAGACGAUGACGAUCACGACGACGACGACGACGACGACGACGACGACGACGACGACGACGACGACGAGCAGGGGGACGCCGUCGUAAGUCGCACCACCAAGAUAACCCUACGCUUGCCGGCCGUCAUAAGCCAACACUCGCGCGUCUUGCAAUGCAAUCCCUUCUCGAAUCUCAAGUCGGUGCGACUGGUCAUGAGUAUCGAGCAGAUGAUGGGGGAUCGCGAAGUCCACCAGGAUGGCUCAGUCUCCUUCAAGCGGCUCUUCUCCAGCCUCUGCAGCAACGUUGACGAGCCCGUGGACGGGCUGUCGUUAAGCGAGACCAAGAGGACCGACGGCGAGGCCUCCCCCAGGCUUUGGUCCCUCCAGCUCAAGUCCGAGCACAAGCCGCGGAUGGGCAAUCAUCGACUCGAGCAGCAUCGUCGUCGGCCCUUAGACCGAUCGCGAAUGAUUACGGAUAAAUCCAGCGGUGCUUUCCCAACGAGCAAUCACGCCGUCUACAAAGACAUUGAUGCGAUAUCCGAGAGUCUGUCGAGCAAGAGUCAAGCCGUAUCCAAGGAUUCGGCGAAUAAUCAAGUUCUCCUGAAAAUAGUUACGACGCACAAGCCAACAUUAGCGAGAGUGGAGAGCGAUCGUAAUAAUGUUAAUCAGCUGAAGUGUCGAUUGAAGAAUCAAGGCGCUGACGUGCACGAGGACGGAAAUGAAAUUAAGCAUUUGAUUGGGGAAAACGGCAAAGACAAUUCGCAAAAUGCAAGCUGCUCUAAUCUUGAAGCCAAAGACUACUGUGAUAAUAUUAAUGAAUUUAAUGCAAUUGUUACGAACGGCAUCGAGGCCCCAACGUAUGAGAAUAUAUUUGAUGCUGUAAGCGACGAUGUGCCGCUUUAUGAAAAUUUCCAAGUUAUCAAUAGUAAGCCAGUGAAAGAUAAGAGAGUUGCGAAUGGGAAGACGUCGAUGAAAAAGCGCUCGUUAAAUUCACAAAGCGAUAAAGUAUCUGGCAAUUUGUAUGACAGAAGGCAUAGGAGAAUUCCCUCGAAAAUUGUCACCGCUUUUAACAACGAAGGAUCAUCAAUCGACAAGUGCAAUAAAAUAAAAUCUGACAAAUUGAAGAGUACGCGAUCGUCAACACCUAUAUCAACAUUAUCCAGUACUAAGAGCGACAAAAAUUCACAUAAUUUCAUAGAGCAUUCAGAAUUUAAGCGCACGAAUAAAAUAAGCCCUCGCUUAAAUAAUUCACGGGAUAAUUCAAUAAAACGCUACAAAGACACCAAGCUUACAAGAGAUGAUAAUUUGUCGGGCGUACAAGUAAGGAGAAAAGCUUCAUCAAAAUCCGAUUCUGCGAAACAGGAAUACAAAGGCGCGGCUUUAAGUAAUAAUACCGAGAAAAGUAAUGGACACACGAGAUCGAAGAAGCCCGUAGAGGUUGUCUAUCAAACUGCCGUUUUUAAUAUGAAAAAUGAAAAGCUCUCCAAGCCUGUAAAAGCAAAGGAAUCAAAAGGGCCUCGCUUGAUAAAUGAUUUCAUAUGUGUAAGCAAAAUGAGACGACCAUCCGACAAUAAAAGAAUAAUAAAAACAGCCAUUGUGUCACAAAAUACAAGUAAAAGAAAAGAGACACCAACCACAAUACACAGGUAAACAUCAUCACCAUUCUGGAUACUUAAUUAUUAAAUUUAUAAUCAUUUAUUGAAGUUUAUGAUGUUUUGUGUUUCAGACAAUAAUAAAUAACAAAUAUUAAUAAUACGUUCCUCCAAAUUGAUAUAUCUACCUACCUACAUACAUUCGUGCGCGCGCGCAC